AUGUAUUCCCGUACACGCUGGCUCACACAGAAGGGUGGUGGCAACGCCAACACCAAACAGCACCAGCAGGAGGGCAGGUCUUCGGCCGCCGAUCCUGCCGGCCUCGUAACCGAUGAGGUCGAUGUUUGGAAUGGCUUCCCAGCCGACGGGUUGUCCGCUUUAAGUGCUGCCGCAAGUGCCUUGUACGGCAGCGAGUGCCCUGUACGGCAGCUCACGUGGUUCCCGGACUACGGUUGUGCGCUGCUGGGUAUUGGCUCGGACCCGGACCUGUUAACGUCGGCGCCGGAUGGCGGGGUUAUAAUGUCCCGGCCUGGUGAGGUGGUGCUGCACCUGGUUGCUCUGGAUGGCUGGAGCUUCCACGUGCACUGCGCACUGGCUGGCGUCAGCGCUACGACGAAGAUGCUUCACGGCGCUCAUUCUCGCGGCGGCUUCACGGACGUGGCCCUAUCUUCUGGGGACAUCAACUAUGAAACGUGCUGGCCGCUUGUCAAGGCAGUCCUGCAGUUCAUCCUGGAGAAGCAGUACGGCGCUGUUGCUGCCAGAGGUCGCAGUCCUUGCAUCCAGAAGUUGCCGCCACCGCCGCCGCCAUCGUCAGCGCCGUCACAUCUCCUGCGCCAAGCACUGGCCCGGUUGGAUCUCUGGCUGCUGCGCCGCCAGCUUCUCCUCAUCAACCCUGACACCGCCACGCCGCUCAUGGUGACGGCAGCGAUGCGCAUGCUGGAUGCCGCCACCACCAAGGCGGCGGCACUAGCCGCUGAUGGGUACGACAUGGCCGCCUUCGAGGCCGCCUGCCGCCAUGCACACCAGCAGCUGCGCACCGCCGUCGGGGAACGGGCAUGGCGAGCUGCUCGUGCGUCCGAGCUCCCUGGCCCGGAGUCCGCGGACUUCCUGGGUAACUUCCAGCCACCCUCCGGCGUGCUGCCGGCGGCGUUCACACCGCGAGCGGAGGAGCAAGGUCUGGCGGCGGCACGGCAGCGCGCGGAGCGCAACCUGGGCUCGUUGCCGCUGCUGCCCGAGCAUGCCAGCUUCUCCCAGAUCCUGAAAUCCAUGUCGGAUCCGGGACCCUGGCGGGACCUCAGUAGUGAUGUCGCGGCGCAGCUGGUCCUGCGCUCCGUGGAGGGGGUACUGUUCCGCCGGGCCCUGCAGCAGCUCGGUGGCGGCAGCGGUGGUGACGACACCGGCCAUGCUCGCCUGGACCUAGGUGAAGGGGAGGUAGCGGCGCUGGAGAAUGUUGUGGAUGAGUACCGAGCGGCGCUUCAGCGUUUCCUAUCGCGCCAGGGCCCGGGGUCGGGUGCGGUAAUGGUGGCUGAGCUGCGAAGUCGGGAGGUGCUGGUGGUGUGGGUGGCCUACUGCCUGAUUCACGCAGCGGCAUGCAGGGCGCAUCCGCUGAUGGCCAGCCGCGGAGGCACAUUCGCGAGCCACGAGGCCCUGCGGCACCUGGUCCUUUCGGACAGAUUGGCAGUGGACGCGGCGCUGAGUGUGGCGGCCUAUCUGCAGGGAUGUCGCCAGAGGGCAGUAGCGGCGGGCGGCAGCAGGCAGGCGGAUCUCUUCUCGCUGCGCGACGGCGGGGUGGGUACGAUGGCGUUCGCGGAGGACUACGUGGCGGCGUGUCCGGUGCUCCAGGGGAUCCUGACGGCGGAUCAGGCAGAUGCGGCGGAACGUGUAACGGCGCACUGGAAGGAGGUGCAGCGGAAGCAGCAGCUAGCGGCUCAGCUGCGGAUUACGCUGGCUAAGCAAGAGAUGGAACAGGCGCAACUCAAUCGCGAGCUGCAACAGCACAAGGCUAAGCUUGCAGCGCUGGAAGCGGAGCUUAAAGCUUAUCACUUUUGGCAGGGCGCCGAGCAACAUGCCACCAGGGACAAGGUGGUUUCUGUUCAGUCUGAAGUGUUGGGCGCCGAGUCCAAGCUGCUGGCAAUAAAUGCGGAAAUAUGUCGCACACGAUGCCAGCUUUCUGAGGCGGAGAAGGCCCCGCCGCCCGUCGUUCAGCCGCUGCCUAGCGAUGCUAACCUCGCCCGCCAGUGGCUGUUCUUCCUGCACAUGCCACCCCUGCUGCGCCACCUCUCACGCGCCAGCUUCCUGGCCCAACAAAUGCUUCUGCCGAGACCCAUCAGUGCUGAUACCAGCACGGCCAUUGCCGUACGGUAUCCCACAUCGCUCGUACAGCACUACAAUACACAGCGGCAGUGCCGGACUUAUGCUUCAUACCUUCGACAGCCGCGCGACGGCGCUGACGGCCGUGUCAUGUUGUGGUCCGAAAUGAAGGCUCUGACCAGCGUAGGUCCCAAUAUGGUGGACGAUUGCCGUACACCGUCCGAUGGCGUUUGGUACCCAGAUUCCCUGGCGCCCCUAAUGGCGUGGGCUGGUUCCGGAGCCGUUGCAGAUCAGGGCCAAGGCUUUCCGUCGCCCUUCUUCAACCCGUUCGCGGUGCUGGAUGAGGGCCUGUUGGAGCUGUACUUCACUGAGAAACUGCCGCAAGGCGCGGAGUCGUUGCAGUGGGCCAUGCACGUGCGGUCGUCUGCGAGCGUUACGUCGCCUAGUCGUGGCAACAACGCCAUCGCCCAGCAAGAUACCAAGCCCUCUUGGCUGUCCAAACCUGCCUUCUUGGAGCUCUGCACCCUGCGAGCUUUUCCCCUCCGUCAGCUGCGUCGACUGGCCGCCACCCUGCACGACCACGUCUUGCCGCUCGCCCAGCCCGCUGUACACACGCUUGUACGGCAGCUGCUGUUCCACUUGGGCACCCUGACCGACGAUGAACCGCCGCAGCUGCUGUGGCGCCGCGGCUGGGAAGCCGAGUGUGACGUGCUGACUGCACUGUACGGCGAUUUGACGGCGCUGGCGGAGGAUCUCGAGCAGACGCCACGGGAACACGGCGCGGUGCUGCUGCUGGGGGAGGUGGCGGGGUAUCUGGCGGCGUGGUACCCUCCCUGCCGUGAUGUGGCGCGACGCUUUGCUGCCAUGACAGCGCGAGCUGCGGAUGAGUUGGAGCCGCAGGUGGCGGUGGCUGGCAACGGUGGCGGCAGCGCAACUGACGGUUCAGCGAUCAGCAACCUGCUCGCCAAGCAAUGCCGCUGGCGAUGCAUGGCGCUGAUGUGCUUCUCCGGUGCAGCGGCGGCGGAUGCUGCCGCCUCCGCUGCAGCAACGGUGACCGCCGCUCCUCCGCUGCUGACGGAGGCAGACGCUCAGGAGAUGAUACGGCUAAUGGUCCUAAUCAACCACGGCCGCGUGUUCCUACACAGCCCGAAGCUUCGCGAGGAGCUGGCGCCGCUGUUUGUCCGGGCGCACAAUGUGAUUGCGAGUGCAAUCGGGCCGCUAAUGGAGGCAGUCGUGCGGCGACCAGACAUACUGACAGACGCCGUGGCGGCAGUGCUGCAGCAGCGCACGCCGCGGGAGCUGACGUGGCGGCGCCUGGCUGCUACAGGCAGCUUUGAGGCCGUAUCGGUCGAGACCUCCGCCACAGCCGGCUGCGGCAGCAGCGACCGGUUGUUCUCCAUUAACCUACUCGACGGCACCGUACUGUUCGACGGCUGGCCUCCCGGCAAGUUGCCCAAGGAGGUCACAGAGCACCCGCUGUACCGCCGUACAUUUGGCGAGUGGAACUUCGAUGUGGCGCUAGCCAGUGAUGGCGUCAUGCGCGCGUUGAGGCCCGUACAGCAGCGGCUGUACGACUUCGCCGUCAGUGCUGAUGGGCAGCGCCUGGCGAUCUCCGAAACUGAUUUCGAGCUCGGUUCACGGUUGGAGCUGCUGGAUGCGGGUCCCAAGGGGGCGUGUGGCGGAUGGGGCGCGGAGCUGCCUCUGUCGCUACGCACUCUGCACAGCCACUGGCUUAGCAGGGAACAGGGCGUCAUGGUGCUUCGCCCGCUGGACUUCCAAAAGCACGAUGUGCACUUCAUCGUCCGGUGCACACCCGCACCGGUGCCGGCGUCUACCCCUCUGGCGCCCGCUGCACCAGAUGUCGCGGUGGCGGCAGCCACGUCACCGAGCCACGCCUGCAUAUACGACUGCCGACGUGUGCCGCCACAUUUGCGCCAUCGCCACUGGCACAGCCUGUUGGCCAAGCACCGCGCCGAGUUGACUGACAAGCUGGUGCUGCUGGCAGGCGCCAUGGUCAAGGACCGUAUCCUGGCACGCUUCGAAGACUUGAAGUUCAUCCACGCAUAUCUGGUAGAUAGCAGUGACGGUGGUGAUACGCCCCGUGGCUUGGGUGGGUCCACGGGUCCAUUGCGGCCAGGAGCACCGGAGGUGCUGCCGCCCAAGCCGCCGAUAUCACCUCCACGGCUGCUGCUACUAGAGCUGCCCCGGUACGGUCUGGAGUUUGAGGUCCGUCCCGCAGAAGGGCAGGUUCUGCCCCGGGACUAUGCCGGGUACCGCCUCCGCCAGCGGCAGCUGCUGGUGCAGGCUGCUGAGAAGCCCCGAACGCCGUACGAUGCCGUACUGUAUACGCUGCUGGAGUUCCAGCAGUACCUGGUUUUGGAGCGAGUGCCCAACGUGACGGGCGCCGUGGUGGGCGCCCGCCGGGAGGAUGAACUGGUGCUGGUGCCGGCGGAUGGCAUGGUCGUACAGGCGGGCGGGGGCAGCGGCACGGGCGGCUUGGCUGCCGGGGGCUGUGUGCGGAUAGACGUCAGCCAGAGGGCAGAUGUGCACCUGAAGGCUCACUGCUACGAGAUCCACGGCCGCUUCAAGGACCUGCGAGCCGCGUCCAUCCCAGCCCGCCUGCAGCUCGCCGCUCUGUACGCCGCCACCGGCACCCUGCUGCCGGAGCCCCUCAGUCGCUGCACUGGGGGCCAGAUGGCCAUGGUGCUGCUGCGGCAGUGCUGGGGUAACCGACCACUCGGUAAUGCGGACCUAGCACAGUUGCGCAGUGCUGCCCGUCUGGGCGGCUACCUGACUCCCGGACUUAGGCUGCUGGCUCAUGAGCUGGAGGUCAGCGCUGGAGAGCUACAGCACCUGCGUGAAGCAGCCGGUUCAGGAGCGGUGUCAGCAGCGCCGCCACAGCCACUGCCAGCUGCGAUCUUGGAUCCUGACGCGGCCAUCAGCUACUGCCAGGCGCUACAGCCGCCGACGCAGAGAGGAGGAAGUUGCGGCGACAGUAGCUUGUGUGGGGGUCCGAAUCCGCGUCUGCUGUUGACUCCAGGGGAGGAGGACCGAACCCUGGGUAUGCGUCCGUCCACUGUUGCGGUGUUGGAGGAGCCCAUGUGGCUGCGGCUGGGCCAAUACAAGGCUGUGGAAAUCCGGGAACCCUUUCCGGCGGCAGCUGGCUUUGUGGCGAAGGUGGAGACGGCGCUGGUUCAGCUGGUGGAAGUACCCACAUUCCAAGAGAACCAGCGGCAGGCGCGGAUUCCACCGUACCCUCUGGAGGUGGAGGGCGCUUAUGGCGGUGUCGAUGAGGGGCUGCGGAAGCGUGGAAAGAGCAGCGCAGGCGUCGCCCGGGGGCCCUCUGGCCCGGCGGUGGCGACUGAUGCUUCGGCGGCUUCAGCUAGCUGGACACGUGCUCUGACGCCUCUGGAGGUGGAGAUGCAUGAGGAGCUGCGGGACAGCUGGGAGGCCCACCACGGGGCCCCGGCAUUGGAGGAGCACCAGCUGAUGGAGGGGGCUGCUCAGGAGAUAGCCCGAUGGAUGGCGGAGGUGGCCCAGCGGCGGGAGGCCUCCGAGGCCUUCCUGUUGCGCCACCUGACAACCAUUCCGGAGGAUGUUGGGCGACACGGCACCAGCUUCCGCCUCAUGCAGGCCGCCGGCAGCGCCCCAACCCCGAGCACCCUGGACCUGCUACGGGCGGCCUGGCAGGGCGGCCCACUGCUACGCCAGUUCAACCCCUUCCUGUCGCCGCAGGCGGUGCAGGUGCUGGAAGACGGAGUGCUGCUUUGGGCGCAGCUGUGUGUGCUACAAGACCGACUGAGGAGGCUGGGAAGGCUGGCUGCAGAGGGGCCUGCGUACCGCAUCGCGCUCGUACAGGAGCUGCUGGUACGACGCACCUGGGAUGUGGUACGGCACCCUCAGUGGCUCGUGUUCGAGGUGGAGGGGCAACUGCAGAUCCGGCCGGCGCAGGCGGCGGUAGCGCAGCAGGUUAUGGCCAACCCUGGAGCCAUCGCCCAGCUCAACAUGGGCGAGGGCAAGACACGUGUCAUCCUGCCGCUGUUGGUGCUGCACUGGGCGGAUGGAUGCAGGGUGGUGCGUUUGAACUUCCUCUCCACGCUGCUUGAGGAGGCUUACUGCCACCUGCAUCUGCACCUGUGUGCCGGGGUGCUCGGCCGCAAGCUUUUCACGCUGCACUUCAACCGGGAUGUGUCUGUCACGGAGGCGGGAGCCCGGGCUAUGACGGCCAGCCUGCUGUACUGCAAACGGGAGGGAGGUCUGCUGCUAGUGGCUCCUGAGCACCGAUUAUCACUGCUGCUGAAGCGCCAGGAGAUGUGGCAGCAACAGCAAUCGAGACCGGACGGCCAAGAUGUUGUGGCGACCGCCGUGGCGGCGCUGGACCAGUUGGCUUCGUUGCCGUACUUGGACAUCUUGGACGAGAGUGACGAGCUGCUGCACCACAGGCUGCAGCUUGUCUAUGCAUGUGGAGCCCAAAUCGACCUGCCCCACAUCCAGGAGCGGGCUAUCGCCAUGCAGGCCCUGUUGGCCGUCGGUUCGCGCCUUGCGGUGGCGGAGAACAGCGGCGACCAGCCAAUGGCAUCCCACAGCCAGCAGCCCCAGCCAUUACUGCUGCUGCCCGGCUCAGCGGUGCUGGAGCCUCCUCUCCACCGCUGCCCGGGGUCAUUCAGUGGAUUGCGUUUGUUGCCGGGGGACGCUCUCACCGCGUCACUGCCUGGGUGGCACCGCCGGCUGGCGGAGGCGCUGAUGGUCGAGCCGCCUUACGAGCUGAGGUGGCUCCAACACCAUCCCCUACGGGUCCGCAUCCUGAACUCCCUCACUGAGGAGGGCCAGUCGUGUGAGGCGCUGCUGGGUCCGGAUGCGGAGGGUCCCUCCCGGGAGCAGUUGACUGGAUCCCAGGUGGCUGUGGUGCUGGCGCUGAGGGGGCUGCUGGCGGGCGGCCUGAUGCAGCACUGCCUGCAGAAGAGGCACAGAGUGGAGUACGGAGUAAACAGGUACGAGUUUGCACAGCCGGACGUGGCGCUCCUGCUUACUAAUUUGUCGUACUAUUAUGACGGGCUAUCGCGGCACGAGCUCCGGGAGGCUCUGGUCACACUUCUGGGUAUGGGCCUCAACGUGCAGCGGGACUUUUACGAGGGCUGGCUGCGGUUGGGACGAGGCGAGAUACCCGCAGAGGACCUGGCCAAAUUCGACUGUGUGGCCAAGGUUGACGUCACCAACGAACCGCAACUGGAUCUCAUGUACGGCUAUCUGCGGUACAACACCGGGCUAAUCGACUUCUGGCUCAACCACUGCGUCUUCCCCUCGGAGAGCCUGCACCAAGCCCGACCGGAGAACCCCUCGCUGCGGGCCACCAACGGCAAGAUGCUGGACGUCAUCCUCAGCAAUACGCUGGGCUACACAACGCUGCAUACGGGCACCACACCGCAGCAGGGGCAGGGGCAGGUAGCCGCCUUGCGACUACAACAACGGGAGAACCAGCCGGUCAACAUGGACGGGACUGCUGCUGCUGCUGGCGGCGCUGGUGGCGGCGGUGGUCAUUGUGAUGCAGCUGGUGCGGGUGCUGCCCAGGGCUGCUGCCCUGACGAGCGGCCGCAGUGGCAGGUGCUUCUCGACACGGCACUGGAUGAGGGGGUGGACGCCCUGCUGGACUGCGGGGCGCUGCUGGCAGGGGCGAGCAACAGGGAUGCCGCCGAUUACCUGCUGGCCCGCCUGGACGGGCACCGUUACCAGGGCGUGACGUACUUCGACGAGGCCCUGCGCAGCUGGACCGUGUGCGACCUGAGGGGCCGCCGACUGCCGCGCCACGCCUCAGCCAUCAUGGAGCGGCAGACGCUGGUCAUUUACGACGAUGCACGGUGCCGCGGAGCUGACCUGCAGCUGCGACCGGGUGCAGUCGGGCUCUUGACUCUUGGGCCCAGCGUGUGUAAGGACAAGCUGAUGCAGGCGGCAGGGAGGCUGAGACAGCUAGGUCGUGGCCAGCGACUGCACUUCGCCGCCGCGCCGGAUGUGACGGCCAAGAUCAGGCGGCUUAGCGGCUUGCCGGCAGCAGAACCAGGUACAUCUUCUACGGGUGCUGACACCGGGAACAGUACUGUUUCCGAUAGCCGCCUGCGUGGGGGUCAGCAGCAGCCAACGACGGCACUGCAAGUACUUCGCUGGGUGAUGGCCAAUACCGUUACGGCGACACUGCACGGUGUAAUGCAGUGGUCGACACACGGACUGCACUUUGCUGCCACCAAGGAUGCGCCAGAGCGGGCCCUGCACGACGAGGUCCUGGAGCUGGGGCCGCUGUACGGCGGUAGCAAGGCGCCACAGCCGGUGGGGGAGGUGGUGGCAUCCAAGGUGAGGCAGCGGUUGCAUCAUUGCCGCGAUGGCAGUGGUGGCGGUGAUGGCAGUGGCGGCCUGUCGGCCCAUGCGGCUGGUCUAAUGAUGCGUAUUAGGGAUCAAGCGGCUCUUUACGGCAGGGGCCACAUGGUCGCGGCCGGUGGCGGCGCGGCGGCCGCAGGCGACGAGGAAUGCGAGCGGGAGCUUGAGGAGGAGAGGGAGAGGGAGAAGGAGAGAGAAGUUGAGGUGCCACGCGUGUCGCCGGCAGCGGAGUGCGACUGGAAUUACGGCACUGCGUUUGCAGCGGCAUCACCUGCGCAGCUUGACAGUGAUGCACGGCUUGUUGCGCUCCGCGAUGCGGUUUCGGGGCUGCUAUGGCCGAGCAGUCUGGCUUCGCUCUCCUGGUCUGCAGAAGUCCUCUGCACCGCCAACUUCCUGUGUACCACCACCGCGAGAACACGCGCGGCAAUCACAACAUCUCGCUGUGGAAAAGAAGAAGCGCUGAACGAGUACCUGCGCCCUGUGGACGCGGUCCUGCUGUUCCCCAGCGGUCAGAUGGUGCUGGUUUCGGAGCGCGAGGCGGACCAGCUGCAGGGCCUGGUGUGGGCGUCGUGGCAUGUAAGCGUCGUUACUAGCGGCAGUGGUGGCGUCGGUGGUGGCGGCAGUAUUGCCGUGCCGCUGCUGGCCAGCCUCUGCUACAUGCGCGACGCAUUUGCUCGCGGCACCGGACAGGGGCCCCUGCCGUUGCUGGCGGUGCCCUUGAGGGCUGGUGGCGGCAGCGGCAUGGCCAUGACGGCGGUGGUGCCAGCACGGGUGCCACCGGUGGCGGCUACUGCCAUAAGGCCCCUGCAAGUCCACUGGCAGCAGCACCACCAGCAGCAGUUGUGCAAUGGGUGGCUGUCGGCUGUGGGCCCAUCAGCGUUGGUUUCGGUGCAGUUGUUUAACGGGAAUGCGAGUGGGUACGGCAGCGGCGCACAGCAGCGGGAGCUGAGGUCGCUUGUACGGCGGCGGCAGGUGGAGGUCGAGGCGCUGUGGUGCGAGUGCACGCGUUCAAAGCGUCCGAGGAUACAGCGAACGAGAAGUUGCAGGCAGCACAGCGCUCGCUACGGUACUCGUAUCUUAACCGAAACCAUUACCGACAUCGACCUGCUUGUCCAUGACACAAAGCCGCCAGGGCUGUACCGCGGUACGGCAGGCCUGACCAUUGGUGACACUGAUUUGGGCGCUCCGAAACCGCUAUCCCAUAUGGAAGAAAUCGAACGGCCACGGCGGCCCUUCAAGCUGUGGACACCAGAACGCUGUAUUACAGCGGACACUGUCAUCAUCGCCACCGGUGCCAGUGCCAAGCGACUCCGCUUCCCGGGCAGUGGGGAUGAGUCCGAGGGCGGGUUCUGGAACCGGGGCAUCAGUGCGUGUGCCAUCUGUGACGGCACCUCGCCACUCAUACGGUACGGCAGGGUAUGUGUGGGGGUAUGCGGUACGGGGCACGUUGUCCUCAACAACAAGCCGGUGGCAGUUGUGGGUGGGGGAGACAGCGCCAUGGAGGAGGCCAUGUUCCUGACACGGUACGCCUCCAAGGUCUACAUCGUUCACCGCUUCGACUACCUGGAGGCGUCCAAGUCCAUGGCCCGCCGUGCCCUGUCCAACCCCAAGAUUGAGAUUCUGUGGUGCAGCCAGGUAGUGGAGGCACACGGCAACGAUCAGGGCAACUUGGGAUCCAUCACUGUUGCUCGGUCUCCCAUUCCUUCCCCCGGGCACACUCCCGCUGCACUGGGCCUGGCGGGCAGUGCGCCGCCGCAGCCGACGGCGGUAUCCCUGGAGCGGUUGGCGGUUGGGGGGCUGUUCUUCGCCAUUGGCCACCGCCCCGCUACGGACUUCCUGAAGGGCCAGCUCGACCUGGACGAGUACGGCUACAUCGUGACCGUACCCGGAAGUACGGCAACUAGUGUACCUGGUGCGUUGCAUGCGGCCCCCGACGUGAUCGGUGCUGGGACGGAGGUCGGCCACGGUACGACAGCCGGCACUGAGUACGGCAGCGUGGUGGGUGAGAUGGCGGCGGCAGCGGCGCGCGGUCGGGAUGUGGUCCUCCCCUUCAGGCAGUGACGGCGCCCGGGUGGUGUGUCUAGUUGCCUGUUGGGGCACCGCAUCCACGAAGUUCGCAACCGCGUGCCGGUAAUAAGAGGCCGCAUGUGGAGGGGUAUGUAAGUAUGUAUCGAGUGUGUGUAUGUGUGUAUGUGCGGCAUGUGUGUAUGUGCGGCAUGUGUGGUAACUGGUGUUAAUGGAAGAAUGGUCGAUCAGGCUGCGUGGCUUGUAUGUAUGUAUGCAUGCAUGUUAGCAUGUCAGCAUGUAUGUAUGUAUGUUGGUCUGCAAUUGUCAGGAAGCAAGGGCGCAAUGAUAUGUGUGCGCAUUACAACACCAGGUACGCCCGUCGCGCCCUAGCGGGUGAGUUGUAAAGUAAAAGCAGCGAGAACCUGCAAGAAAAAAGGGGCAUGCCGAAAUAAGUGAUUGUGGCGCAGGCAGGUGGUAAGAUGCAGAAAGGUGAUGAUACAUCCGCUGAGCACCUGCCCGGGGUCGCCCGGUGACCGGCUGGCUGUCGGUCAUCAUGUGCCGGAGCAUGUUGGGCUGCAAGUUUGAAAUGUCAUUCCGCGACAUGACAUAAAAACACACGUUGAGUUAUUAGGGUUUUAGGGGGUUGUGUGGAUUCCGGUAUGGGCGGUGCGCGUUGUGCGUUGUGAAUUUUUAAGGGCUUCCUGUUUCCAAUUCUUGUCGCAUACAAAAUGCAGCAUGCUGUACAUCUCGUCAAGCAACCCGCGAGUCUCGUCGGCUUUUAGACUGUGUGCGUGUGUAACUUCAUCAUCGAGGAGCUGCACGUUCGCGCUUUUCCUUUUUUCUUUACGAAAGGGUUGAAAAAAUUUGCCGUUUAUUUAGUUUUCUGUCAGGCAUUUGUUUGCUUGCUUUGCGGCUGUGUGUAUCAUAUAUCCGGCAAAUCCGGCUGGUUUCGAAUUUGAGCAUAUGGAGCCAAUCAAUGCAGGACGGCCCUGUGCAGUGUUGCCUGGUUAGUUGCGAGAAGAGAAGUAAUAAAAGGAAUUAAGGGUGAAAACAAACAAACAGAACACAUGGGCAAUAAUUUCAUUACAAUUCUCUCGGCACCAUCAUUUGUAUUCCUGUUUUGUGGCGGCUGUGUUAUGUCAUGUUGCGUCAUGUGCCGAGGUUUUCAGUUCUUUUCUAAUCUAGGUCGAUAUCCCAAAUAUGCCUCGGCAACAAUCUUUUGUAAGCCAGGCGUUUCCCUCCUCUUCCACCUCCCUCGUCUGAUGCAAGGACGGGCGGGGUGGCCACCGCUGGGUGCAGUGUUAUGUAUGCGAUGUUCAGAGCGGUUAGCCUCCUAAAAGUUGUCUUUUUUGACAGGAAGACAAAUUAUCAUUUAGCUGCGGUUCACUUUGAUUGCCAUCCGACUGCCGACUGGUUGAUUCACUUUGUUUAAUGCAAAGCGAAAUGGUGGAAGGGACACUGAAAGGUGGAGUAAAUUUCAAACCGCUGCUUAUGUGCAAUCCCAUUGCCCGUCGACUCCAAUGUAACGCGACAUUUAGG